UAUUGUGAACGGCGCAUCACUGCUGUUAACGCAUUGUUUUUCAUCGGUGAUAAAAUUUUCAUUUGCGUUGCUCUCAACAUUUCCUCGCGUAUAUUCGCAUAGAUAAGCGUUUUAAAUCAAAAAAACUCUUGCAACAAAGUAUUACUUCGGGCGGCCGCAACUUCAACGAUGGCCUCUACCAUGCAGUUGGAAUUCUCGCAGGCUAUGUCAGAUUUUAAGACAAUGUUUCCAGACAUGGACCGUGAGGUGAUUGAAGCAGUGUUACGAGCAAAUCAAGGCGCAGUAGAUGCCACUAUCGAUCAGCUGUUAGCUAUGUCCACUGAUAAUCAAAAUGAGAAACUGCGCAAUGAAUUAGAUGCCAAAACAUCACCACAACGGUGUCUUAUAAAUUUGCAUGGAGAUGACACGCAGACUCCAACAGCACAACUAAUUGACACAACUGAUGGCAGUGCCAUAACGGCACAUAAUACUCAACAGAAUGCAGUCGUAGCAGCUAAUUCUGUACUAUUGAAUCUCAGUGGUAAAAACAGUAUGAGUGCAUCACCCAAUCACACAGGUGCAUCACCUAAACAACGAUUGGUAAGCUCAAACAACAAAUCGUCAGCUAGUACAACUCCAAAACGUAGUGGUGGACAGCAUGCAUCCCGUCGUUGGAAUCCACCUUUAUUGGGUCCCCUGCCGGCUGGCUUUCUUCGUAUAACACCCUCGUCACAAGAUGGUUUGGCUCGUGACUUCGAUUUGCCGGACGAACAAUUUGCAAUGAUGUUACAAAAUGAAGAAUUUAUGAACCAGUUAAGAUGGAAUCAGGAAUUCAUGAAUGCGUUAGAGAAAGAGCAAUGUGGCAAAGGAAAAGGAGAAGACGAUGCAGCAUUCAAGGAGCGUCUAAAGCAUAUGGGAAAAGUGUCACGAAAAAAGUUUUUACAAAUGGCUCGUGUUUUUACGUGGCAAAGAAAUAAAAAAACCACAACAGCAAAGCAAAUAGACUCGUUGCCGUUAAAAGAGGAGCCCAGUGACGAUGAAGAACAUCACGUGCAACGUAAGUAGAGCGUUAUAAUCGGCAGCUAACAAUCUAUUAGUGUAUUCAAAAGUUGUUAUAAAGAUCAAUUAUUGUUUAAAUAUUAUAUAAUAGCUUUAAUAUUAUUUUCCUUACUUUGGUGAUUACAAAGGAAGAUUUAUUGUUUUAUUUAUUUUUUUUAAGCUUUACAUAAGAUUUCAUUUAUUUUGUGGGAUGCUCAUUUGCUUUUCAUAGUGAUAAGCGAGAUCACGUUAUAUUUACAAUAAUGUGUCAGUGGUUGUUAAAAAAUGCAAAAGUAUGCAAAGCUUUGAAAA